UGUUGAGAUGACUCUCUCUUCGUUUGCUAUCUUGUGUUGUGUUGUCGCUGCUGUGCGGCCUCUUCCUCAGCCGUCUGUCACUGUCGACUGGAGCCAUCAUCUCAUCACCAGUAAGACGACCACCACUCUGCAAGUCGUUGUCAACCCUCUUCUGGAGCGAAAAUCGCCCGUUCAUGAUCAGAUCUUCGAGAGUCUUGCCAAUCUAGAAGCAGACUACGUUCGCUACGUGCCGUGGCUGCCAUAUCCUCGACUUGGAGUUGCUGAACUGGAGCCACCGUCUAGUCAGUGGUUGUGCACUCAGUUGCAAGGACAAUCUCCUAACAAUUGGAAUGCUUCUCUAACUUGUCAACAGGGAACAAUUGAUAAAGUUCACUUUGCCAGCUAUGGAACUCCGACAGGUAGCUGUGGCAACUUUACAAUGGGAAAGUGCCAUGCUGACAACACAUCCAGCGUAGUGACAAAACUCUGUACUGGCAAGCAGAUGUGCAUCAUUCCAGUAAACAGUCAAACAUUCGGAGACCCUUGCUCAAAUGUUGUCAAACAAUUUGCAGUUCAGGUCACUUGUAGCAUACCUCAAAACCAUACAUACUGGGAUUUCUCGCUUCUCGAUCCAAUGAUGGAAGACCUAAUGAAUGCCACAAAAAAUCACACAGCUAUAAUAAACUUCUCGACAAUACCUGACUGGCUGUAUAAGACGUCGUCGCGUAUCCCAUAUCCAGACAACCCUGAUAGAGUGGAUUGGUCGUAUACACAAGGAAGUGAACUCGUUGACCCAACUGGAAAGGAUCUUGGUGACUACUAUGGUCGACUUGUAGCCUGGUACACUAAAGGUGGUUUUAUUGAUGAAUAUGGAGUAAAGCAUACAUCUGGGUACAGCUUCAAUAUUUCGUACUGGGAAUGUCUCAACGAGGUAGAAAGUGAACAUCACAAUACUCCAGAAUCAUAUACAAUGAGAUACGAUGAAAUGGUCACUGGAAUUCGAAAAAUUGCUGAUCCAGAACACAAAAUCACGUUUGUUGGUCUUGCCCUGGGAGGUCAUAGUCACUAUGACUACUACAGUUACUUUCUCAAUAAAUCAAACCAUCAGCCGGAAAUUCCACUUGAUUUCAUGAGUUACCACUUCUACAGUAGUACACACAGUAGGACAGAUCCCAAUGCGUUUGAAGCAUUUUUUCCAUCAGCUGACGGCUUCAUCAAUGAUGUGAAGAAAAUUGAAGGCAUAAGAAAGAGUCUCUCACCAAAAACAAGGACCACUGUAGAUGAGAUCGGUGUGAUUCUGCCAGGUGAUAAUAAUCCAAAAGCUGACAUGUUUCCUCUCAUUUAUUGGAAUGCUGCGGGUGCAAUGUAUGCCUACAUAUUCGGAAACCUUGCUUUGCAAGGAAUUGAUGUAUUGGGACAGAGUCAGUUGGUUGGUUACCCAGAAUUGCCCCACCUUGGCUUGGAUCCUCAGUUUCCAAGUGUCGCUCUACUCAACUGGACAAAUGGCAUUGGUAAUGCACGUUAUUGGGUCCUGCACAUGCUUAUCCACAAUUUCCAGCCAGGAGAUAUUCUUGUCGAGACCACAUUAAAUGGCAACACCGAAGCAGCCAAUCCAUUCUGUGGCAAAAUAAUUAAUCUCCAAAAUCUAAGUCUCGAGUGUGAUGAUCAAGAUGCUACUAUCUCUAAGAUUGACUUUGCCUCUUAUGGGACACCCACGGGUGCCUGUGGAAAAUACACUAUUGGACAAUGUAAUGCCAAAAACUCCACAGACAUUGUAACAAAGUAUUGCAUUGGAAAGAAGACAUGCAUGAUUCCAGCCACCACAGAAGAGUUUGGAGAUCCGUGUUAUGGAACAGUGAAGUAUUUGGUUGUACAAGCCGAGUGUUCGAAAGGAGGGGGGAUGCAGCCUAGUGUCACUCCUGGUUGGUUUUCACAGGGAUUCAUCGAUGUCAAAACGAACAGCAAGAAACUAUUGGUCAUCAACAAGGAAUUCAACACAAAAAUGAUGAUGUUGCCUCCUGAUGCCAUUGGUGGAGACUUUGUCUAUGUUGAUGGAUCAACAACAGGUCAAGAGAAGACAAUGAGUAGAAAGUUAGAUCCAAAAGACCCACAUCUCCUCCUUCUGCCUUACUCUGUUGGUGUUAUCCAUUAUCCGUGAACAACUGCAUGUUGACUCGUAUUGUUUACAAUCGGCCUCCAUUUGUCAUUUAUAUUCAACUUCGUGAUAAUUCCCUACCCAGUACCACUCCAUGUGUUUCUACUCAAGGACAAACUAGAAUUGACUUUCCUUCAUGAUAAAAAUUUAUCUCAUUAGAUGGUGUCAAUUCAUGUCACAAUUUAAA